AUGUUGGCUACGAAGUAUUCAUUGACUGAGCAUAGACGAAUGCAGAUCAGCCUCGGUGCGAGCAAGCGUUCUAUACAGUGCACUGGAGUCCGUCGUGCGAGACAGAGGGGUAUCGUAGCAGCGAAUCCAAAUCCUUCCUUCAGUUUGAAGACUUUGAAAGUAAAUGUUGCAAAAGCUGUUGUAGAUUUGGCUCCAGGAGAAGCGGGUUUGAGGCUUCUAUCACGGGCUUUUCCUUCAAAGAUUCGCGGUACCUUCGAUGGUCUCUUAUCUAGUUAUAAAAGUCAGCUAUUAGUGGCUUUAGGUGAUGACGAUCGAGCUGCCACUGCCGUCACGAGUAUAUUCAAAGACAUGAUUAAGGCUUACGCAGAGCAACUUCUUGGAGAGUCGUAUACGUUCCCUUCUUUUCACCGAGCAAUUCGCGAGCCUUUUGACUACUAUCAGAUGGCCAACGCAUACAUCGGCUCGUUGAUCGACUUCGACCGAUCAAUCCUUCGGUAUUCAUCAAGGUGGUCAAAGGUGCAACAACAGCUAGAAGCCGGUGAAAAUGUCGUAUUUUUGGGAAAUCAUCAGAGCGAGGGGGACGCUGCUUUUAUCCCGCUCCUUACCGAAGUGUCCCACCCGGGCCUUGGCGAGCAAGUCAUUUAUGUCGCAGGCGGACGCGUUGUGAGUGAUCUGCUCGCCAAACCUUUCAGCAUGGGGAAAAAUUUGUUGUGCGUUGUUUCAAAAAAGCACAUGGACGAAGAUGCGGCAAAAAAAUCAGCACAAAUGAAACAAAAUCUCACCACACUGAAAGAAAUGCAAUUGUUGUUAAACAAAGGUGGUGCCUUGAUAUGGAUCGCACCUGCAGGUGGUCGGGAUCGGCGCAAGCCAGAUGGUACCUUAAUUCCAGAUGAAUUUGAUCCCCAAGCAGUUGAGAUGAUGCGUAAACUUGGGACAAAGAAAACGUCUGCGCUUACACAUUUUUAUCCUUUGGCUAUGGCUACAUACGAUAUAAUGCCUCCCCCUGCCACUACAGAAAAGGAGCUUGGUGAAAAACGUGUUGUCAACUAUACCGGAGUUGGCUUAUCUUUGGGCGAGGAAAUCGACGUUUCAGAUGCAGGAGAGUGGCGAAAAGAAAUAGCUGCUGGCGAGGACAUGGACGAGGCGAAGCAACUUUCCACUUACAUUUGGCGUCAAGUUCUAUCAGAAUACUUGGAAAUAGAUGCCUGCAAUGUUCCCGGGGGGGAGACUCUCCCUCUUCCUGCGGAUAGCUUGAGACCGGUGAGGCCACCCUCUGUCCCAAAAUUCUGA